AUGGCAGAAACAACCACGUCGACGUACACCAUCCGGUUCGCGACAGAGGCCGACGUGCCCGUCAUUCUUGAGCUGAUUCGCGAGUUGGCCGAGUACGAGCACGCUCUCCACGAGGUGCUGGCGACCGAGGAGUCGUUGCGCGAGACACUCUCGUUUCCGGAUCCCAAGGCGCCAGACGACGGAAGUGGCGGGACCGGGUUCACGAGGGGAUACGCGAAGACGAUCCUCGUGGUUAGCCACGGGAAGAAGACGAAGAAUGAUGAUGAGUCUGCGACGGGUGCUGCUGUCGCCGCCACCCCCGCCGCCGCCGGUACCACCGACGACGACGACGACGACGACGACGAGGAGGAGGUGGCAGGCAUGGCUCUCUACUUCCACAAUUACAGCACCUGGACGUCGGCGCCGGGGAUAUACCUCGAGGAUCUGUACGUGCGGCCGUCGCACCGCGGGAAGGGGUUCGGAGGGGCCUUGCUGUCGGCGCUGGCGCGCGAGUGUCUGCGCGUGGGGUGCAAGAGGCUCGAUUGGAGCGUUUUGAAGUGGAACGAGCCCAGCAUCAAGUUCUACGAGGGCGAGAGCGUCGGUGCGAAGAGGAUGAGCGAGUGGAUGGGCAUGAGGGUUGACGGGGACGGGCUGGGAAGGUUGGCGAACAGGAAAUAA